AUGGCCAAGGAAGCAUCCUCAUCAAAGGCACGCUCGCUAGCGCCGGGCGGCAAGCAUGUUGGCAACGGCAGAACAGCUUCGUCAUCAAAAGCUGCUUCCCGGAAGCAGAACCGAAAGAGCGUCGACCCUACAAAGCUAGCAUGGUCCACCGUCCAUCUUCCCUCCGAAGCGCAGUCGGGAGGAGCUGGUGUCACCGAAUCCGACUUCUUCAACACGCUCAACUGGAACGAUGACGAUUUCAUGGGUCUGCAGGAGAUCGACGAUGUUGAUGUCGUUCAGGAAUCUCGUGACGAUGGCUCGCGCACCAUUAGCUUUCUUGCGUCGGACAACAAGCUCAAAGGCAAGCAAACGAAGGCCAAGCCAACUCCCAAACUAGAUUUUGCCGAGCCCGUCGCCCUGAAGAAGAAGCCAAAGAAGAAGCAGCUCAAGAAGAGGCCGGUUGAAGAGGUCGCCUCCGAUGUCGAUGAGCAUGCGACACUAGACUCUCUUCAAGACGCUGACAUCACAGCCGCAACCGAAGAAUUCGAUGAGGCGGCCUCGGACCAAUAUGAAACAGCAGCCGACUUCACACUGCCAGCUGCUGAAGGCGAAGAGGCCAUCGCUGCAGGAGACUCGGAUUUGGAUCUGGACGACGACGAUCUGGCCGAGGCUUUCCGCAAUGCACACGAGCUCGACUUGCAGGACGACGAGGAGGCUGAUGCCGAAUUCGAUAAUGCCGUUCUUCCAGCGUGGUCGCAUCUCCCCUUGCACGCCGACAUCAAGCGUGCGCUCGCCCAAAAGGGCUUCAGCAAGCCAACAGAGAUUCAGAAUCGAUCCAUCCCCUUCGCCCUUGGUCUGCAGCAAGACGCAGCCUCCUCGGACGACUCAGACGAUGCCGCCGCUGCGGCAUCCAGCUCGCGAAAGAAGCGUGACGUAAUCGGUGUUUCUCAGACUGGAAGCGGUAAGACGCUGGCCUAUGGUCUCCCCAUCCUCAACUACCUCUUUGAGAACGCCGAGAACGCUGUUGCAUCGUCUUCUCGCUCACGGUCAGCAGAAGAUGUGCCACCGCCUCUGGGUGCUCUGAUUCUCUGUCCCACACGUGAACUGACACUUCAGGUGUCCUCGCAUCUCACCGACCUUGUUCGAGCCAGCUGCCUGGUCUCUGAUGCCGACGACGACGAGGCAGAGAUUUCGCACAAGAAGCUACUGCGCCGUCCUCAGAUCGCCGUCGUCUGCGGUGGCAUGUCGGAGCAAAAGCAGCGUCGCUUGCUCGAAGGGCGCUUCAGGCAGGGCGAUCGCAAGGCCGGGGUCGACAUUAUCGUUGCCACACCCGGUCGUCUCUGGGAAAUGACGCGGCUGGACGAUCACCUGGCGGCGCGGAUCAAGCAAACACGCUUCUUGGUGCUCGAUGAAGCCGACAGGAUGGUCGAAGUGGGCCACUUCGCCGAGAUGGAACAUAUUCUCAACCUCGUUAACCGUUCCGAAGCCAGGCGCCCAUCGGAAGGGAAGGAGGGCCAGCAAAGAGGCGGCGACUCGGAUCAAGACGACGAGUCGGAGGUAGAGUCGCACGGCGUCAAGCCGAACGCCAACAUGCAGACCUUCAUCUUCUCCGCUACACUCAGCAAAGCAUUGCAGGUCAACCUCAAGAGGCGUCGCAAAGUCCAGCAAUUCACCAAGAAGCGCCACUCGAAGCGCAAGGAGAAUGCCACGACCCUCGACGAACUCAUGGACCGUGUUGACUUCCGAGACGAGUCACCCGCUGUGAUCGAUCUUACUCCCGGCCAGGGCCUGCCCGAAGGACUGAUGGAGACCAAGAUCGAGUGCGUGGGCAAAGACAAAGACCUCUACCUCUACUACUUCUUGCUGCGAUACCCCGGAAGAUCGCUCGUCUUUGUCAACUCGAUCGACGGCAUCCGAAGGCUGACGCCCAUCCUGGCUCAACUCAACGUUACUUGCUAUCCGAUUCACAGUCAGCUUCAGCAAAAGCAGCGACUGAAGAAUCUUGAUCGCUUCCGCGCUUUCAACCGAUCGGGCAAGGUAACCAACUGCGUUCUGCUCGCUACCGACGUUGCUGCUCGUGGUCUUGACAUUCCCAGUGUGGAGCACGUCGUGCACUAUCAAUUGCCGCGCUCAGCCGACACGUACGUUCACAGAAGCGGUCGUACUGCGCGUGCCGGGCGCACCGGUGUGUCCCUUGCGCUGAUCGAGCCCAAAGAGAAGACGCUCUGGGCUCAGCUUUGCCGUGCCAUGGGUCGCAAAACCGACAUCGCCACCUUCCCGGUCACUUUCUCCACCCUCGCUCUGCUACGAGAGCGAGUCGAACUGGCGCUCGCCAUCGACAAGCAGACGCACGAGGCCAACAAGCAAGCGCACGACGACAAUUGGCUCGCUAAGCUUGCUGAAGAGGCGGACCUGGCCAUGUCGGAUGACGACGUCGACCCGGACGCACCCACUGCGGGUCGAAGCAGAGCGCAAAAUGGGAAAGCAGCGGCAAAGCUCAACGAGAUGAAGGCCAAGCUGAGCGCUUUGCUGGCCAAGCCGAUCACGACCACGGGCCUGUCGCACCGGUACCUGACGGCAACGGGCUUGCAAGGUAGCGCAUGGGUGGACGACAUGAUCAGCAACAGGAGCCAUGAGCAGAUCUUGGGCGUGCAGAACACGAAUGCGCAGACAGAGCUGCAGUCAAGGCAGGUGCAGCCGGCGAAGAAGAAGCAGAAGAUGGUCAAGGAAGGUGCUGUCACCAACAAUAAGGGCAAGACGGCAUCAGCACCGCAAGCAGCCGGGAAGAAGGGCAAGGUCAACAAGCAACAGAAGCGCAAGUCAGAGUAG